GAUUACCCGCAUGCAAGGCCGCCUCCCUCGGGUCGUUCCUCCUUCCACAACCCUCACAUGCGUUAGCCCCUUAAACGUGAUUGUCCAACCCUCAAAAAAGAGACUGAUAUUGGAUUUGCGGCAUGUCAACUCAUUCCUCUCAGUACCUCAUUUUCGAUACGAAGGACUUACUCGCGUUCCUGAUUUGGUGCAAGAAGGCGAUUGGCUAUUCACGAUCGAUCUCAAAUUUGGAUACCACCACGUCGACAUUCACCCCGCUUUCUGGCAGUUUCUCGGAUUCUCCUUGCAAGGGCAGGACUACCAAUUCCUCUCUUUGCCUUUCGGGCUGGCUACAGCGCCGUUUGUGUUUACCCAGUUAAUUAAGCAACUCGCCAAACGCUGGCGUAGCCGUGGCAUCCGCCUUAUUCCAUACGUCGAUGAUAUCCUAUUCAUCAGUGCCACUCGAGCGGAGGCUCUUCACAACCGCUCCAUAAUCAUUGCCGACCUCGCAGCUGCGGGCUUUGUUGUGAAUUUCAAAAAAUCACAACUCGCACCGGCACAAUCUUUGAAGUUCUUGGGCCUCUUGCUGGACACGCGCACCACCACCUUCUCG